GUGUCCCGCUGCUGAGGCCGGGUCGCGGCCCUGGGGAAGGGAGUGGAGCGGGCCCUGAGACUGUCGCUGUGUUGCGCAGCGGUCCUGGCAGCAUUGUGUGUGUGUCUAUGUCUGUGUCUAUGUCUGUGUCUAUGUCUGUGUCUGUGUCUGUGUCUGUGUGCGUUUGGUUACGAAACCACGGCGUGUUUUUUUCACACUCAGAAUUUACAUUUCCACAGUGAAAUCUUCUGGUCCUUAAGCCUCUUUGAAACUGGUUUUGACUGCUAAGUUGGCACAAUGAGUGACUUUGAGAAGACCCUGCACCAGGACAUGGUUUCUCAGCUGCAUGACUUCGCUGCUGCUGGAGACACAGCCAGGCUGAAGGCACUGCUCAAGUGCUCCCCGUCACUGCUCAAUGCGUCCUCAGGGAACGGCUGGACAGCCCUCAUGUACGGUGCUAGAAAUGGACACCUUGAGGUUGUGCAGGUUCUUCUUCAAGAAGGGUGUGACCGAUCCAUCAUUAAUAAAUCAAGGCAGACAGCUCUGGACAUUGCUGAAUUUUGGGGAUACAAACACAUAGCUAAUUUGUUGGCUAAUGUGAAAGGUGGUCAGAAACCUAGUUUUUUGUCAAAUUAUGUGAAAGAAUAUGAAAAUUAUUUUGGCAUGACGCUUCUGGACAGAAGGAGUAAUAAAAGAACAGAUUCCAAGUGGCUAAGUGAAAAACAAAGCCAUCCAGCUACAGUAUACAUCCUCUUCUCAGAUCUAAGUCCCUUGGUUACUUUGGGUGGGGGAAGAGAGAGCUCACAGCAACCAGAAGUAAAGCUUUGCAGGCUGCACCACAAGGAUGUGGAAGAGUGCAUGAACCAAACAGAAGAAUAUACCUUGGUUUUUCUUGGAGUUGAACUUCAGUGUGAUGUGGACCUGAUGGCUGCUUGCAGUGGAAGAGUUCUGCAAGAAGAAGAUGGGUUAGUUGCUUGGUUUGCUCUUAGCAUAACUUCUGCUUCUGCUGAAAAAUUUAAACAGAAGCAUGAGGACUGUUACUUUCUUCAUCCGCCAAUGCCAGCAUUACUGCAGUUACCUGAAAAAGAAGCUGGAGUAAUAGCCCAGGCAAGAUCUGUUCUAGCAUGGCACAGCCGCUACCGAUUCUGCCCAACAUGUGGGAGUGCAACCAAGAUUGAAGAAGGGGGUUACAAGAAAACUUGCUUAAAAGAAGAUUGUCCCAGUCUCCAAGGAGUUCACAACACAUCAUAUCCAAGAGUUGAUCCAGUUGUGAUAAUGCAAGUCAUCCAUCCAGAUGGGAACCACUGUCUUUUAGGUAGGCAGAAGAGGUUUCCCCCAGGAAUGUUUUCCUGCCUUGCUGGAUUUGUAGAACCUGGCGAAACCAUAGGAGAUGCUGUUAGAAGAGAAGUAGAGGAGGAGACUGGAGUCAAAGUUUCCCAUGUUCAGUACGUCUCUUGUCAGCCAUGGCCAAUGCCCUCCUCCCUAAUGAUUGGCUGCUUAGCUGUUGCAGUGUCUACAGAAAUUGAAGUUGACAAGAAUGAAAUAGAGGAUGCCCGCUGGUUCACUAGAGAACAGGUUGUGGAAGUUCUCAUUAAAGGAAACCAGCAUUCUUUCUUUGUACCACCAAGUCGAGCUAUUGCACACCAGUUGAUAAAACACUGGAUUGGAAUGAAUGCUAAUCUUUAAUUCAAAUACUUGAUUUUUAAGUUACUUCUUCUAUUAUGAAUUAUGAAUAAUUAUAAAUAAAUUAGAACUGCUUGUCUAGUAAAUAUGUAACCAAGUAAUUUUCUAAGCCUUUACACUGGUUCCAGAGCUAAACUAUGCAAAUCUUUGUAUGUGUUUUCAGACCUAAAUUAGAUUUGGACAAAACCAAAUAAUUAUCCCAAGCAAGCAAGCAACAACUAAGUAGAACUGGUACCUUGCUAAGUGCAGGCUAUGGUUUUUGUUCUAGAAUGAAAUGAUUAUGCCUUUUGCUGCUAUACUUUUUAUGUUCGCCUUGGUUUUCCCCCACUGGAAGGAGUCAUAGAAUUACAAAGAGGGCUGUCUGACCUUGACUGCUGUUUGAAUUCUCGCAUCCUCCUAUUUGGCCUUAAUUAUAACUUUCUAAUUUUUGCCUAUCUCCAUUCUUUAAUUUUGACAUGUCACAAAAAUCUGCAUUCAGUGCUAAAAUCCUUACCUGCUAUGGUUAUUUUAAAGUUAAUAGCAUACGUAAUAGUGAAUAUAUGUUACUUCGUAUCUUUUACAUUAACAACCUAAUUUGUAUUAAUGGGCUAGGCAGGGCAUUUACUUGUCCAUUCUGACUUGGCCUGCACUUCCCUAGUUGUAUGUCAGCCUAAAUUUAAAGGUAUAACACAAUGCUUUGUUUUUGAAAAAGGUAUUGGAGAACCAUUCCCAAAAGCCUAAGUGUUACUGUUUUUAUAAGAUUAUGAUUUACUUAUUGAUGCUAGGCAGUGAGUCAUUUCAUUCUCUGAUAACUAGAAAUGAAAUUAUUGAGUAAUGGAUAAGGAAGAACAAGACAUCUCAAAAUAUGCACAAAAUUAUUUAGAGAAAUAGAGAUGCUAAAAUUGUUACUGCUAUUAAGAAUCUUAUAGUUGAAAGAAGUAUAUUAACUGCAGCUAUAAGACUGGGAUAGCAAUAAGGUAUUUUAAAUAUUUAUGUGUUUUAAUACCACAGUUCAGAUUUGUGCCUUAAUUUAUCAAGUUAUUUAAGAUAAUGGUGAUAUUCUAAAAAGAAAAGUAUACUAGUUUAUUAUUAAUUUCAUUAUGUAAUGGUUCGUAGUCUGUCAUUCUGCAGUCAUUGCAAUGAAAUCAAAAGAAAUGCAAAUGACCUGAGGAAAAUGCAAUUAUAGUGGCAAAUAUAAACUUAAUAUUAUGUGUUUAUUUGAAGCAACUUAAAUUGUUUUGAACAGUGAAUGAUGUAAUAUUUUUUCCAAAAUUCUCAGCAACCUGGAAUCCGUAAAACUGUUGUACAAAACCUGAUUGUUCUUUUCUUUUUCCCCAUCCAUGUCACAUUGUGCUCAGCAGUUUUCAUGUUUAUUUGAUAGGGCAGUACCUAAGAAACUUUCAAGCAAGAAGCAUUCCUGACAGACUUGGAGUAUUUGACAUAUUAUGUUGCUUCAUUCUCUCCCUUGUUUCAGCCAUUCCUACAAAUAAAGACAAUCAGGUUAUCUCUUGAGUA